AUGUCGACCCUCUUUGGAGCUCAGAACAACUCAUUUGCAUCGCAGCCUGCUUCUGGCUCGGUCAACUCUCUUUUCUCGCAAUCACAACCAGUAAUGAGCACAAACACCACUACUAGCAAUCCUUACAGUCAAAUCAAUAGCAACACAUCAACAACAGUAGGUACAGUGGGUGCGUCUAAUCAACCCACAUGGUUCCAAAACCCUAAGAAGAGAACCAUUCCAAAUCACUUGGUUUCCAAGAAGAAGCCUGGAUUUCAGAUCAGUUCAUCUUCUUCAUCAUCUUCAACCAAUGGGAAGAAGGACUCCAAAAACAACAAGGACUCGUCACAAUCAAAUGGUACUAAUCAGUUUAAUCUAAUUUCAUUUGGCUCAUCUGUUCCACAGCGCAAUGCUAGUACUAGUGUAGCAUCUUUGUACGAUGCAUCGAUGCUGGGCGACGUCACCAAGUACGAUGAAACCAUUAACGAUACUUUGCAUGAAGACUUUCUGUUGUAUAAUCCACAUGAUGACCUUCCACCAUCUAGAUCUAUCUACGACUUAAACGAUGAAGUCUUGUUGUCUCUCAACAAACCAGCAAGUCUGCACAGCGACUCUUUCCUUAAUAAAAAUCCUAGACAUUUCAACAACAUCUUCAACAAGGGUGACGCCAGCACUGGCUCAGCAAUUGUUGAAGCAAACACAGCCCCAGCCGAUUUGGAAAACUCAAACGCUACCUCAGACCAGAAAGGAGAAAUAAAACCUUUAGAUAGCGGUGAGUCUGCUGUGUUGGUUUUCGGAUACCCAGAAAAUAUGGCUAAUCAAGUCAUCCAACAUUUUCAAGAAUUUGGAAAUAUACUAGAAGAAUUUGAGACUACCCGGGCCAAAAACUCUGCAGUCAAAUAUUAUCAAUAUCAACAAGAUGGGAAGAAGUCAGCUAAGACAAUUGUUCCUCUUUUUACAGGAAACUCGUGGGUCAAGUUGACCUAUGAUAACCCAUCAUCUGCUGUCACCGCUUUACGUGAGAGUGGAGCAGUCUUCAAUGGUGUGUUGUUGGGUGUCAUACCAUAUACUAAGAGUGCUGUUGAGAAGUUGCUGAAGAGAACUUUGAGCGCUAAUGAAGAUAUUGGCGGUGGUCUUUUGGAUUUACAAUUACAGGGUUCUACUUUAGAACCUCCUAUUGAAAAUAGCGUGGCUGACCAAUCUCCAUAUACCAUUCGUUUGGACAUAAAGGAUGGUUCUGGGCUCUUUUUGCAUGCCAAGAAUGCGACCGACCCAAACAAACCGGACACUGCCAACACAAAUGCCAAAUUAGGAGUCUUUGGAACAGUUUCAAAGUUUUUGUUUGGAUUUAACGAAUUGUAA